AUGAGAUUGCAAUGGGCAGGGCUCCUCCUUGGAGCCUCUGUUGGCGGUGUCAAUGGCAUGGCUGAAUACAUGGCCGAGGCCAUGAGAGGUGAACGCAUCAGCGGCUUCGGCAAAACCGACAACCCUUCCUUCGUGCCUGAGUUCACGGACGAGUCGCCUCCAUACAAUGGAAUUCGAAUCCCUCGCCAGGAUUGGAACGUGAUGUGUAGCAGCUCCGCUGACAAGUCUCUGUGCAAACACGCCGUCGAUGGCAAGCGCAAGACUGCUUGGCGCAGUGAGCCUUCCUCCAAGGGCCACAGCUUCAUCAUCGACCUUGGCGCCUCAUACCAAGUGAGCGCCGUUGUCAUUCUCCCGCCCACCGAUUCCGGCAAGGAAGGUCUCAUCACCCAGCACAGCAUCUGGACCAGCGAUGACCACCAGAAUUGGUACGGCCCUGUCGCGUACGGAAUGUGGCCCAACACCAACCGACAGCGCAUGGCGGCCUUCGAUCCCUUGUCCGCCCGAUACGUGCGUAUCUCGGCUGAGGCUGAUGACUCGAACCCUUGGGUUGGUAUCGCCGACCUCAACAUCUAUGGAACUCUGUACUCUAUCACUAAGGACCCUUCUCUUGGUGUCUGGGGCCCUACCCUGGAUUUCCCUAUCGUGCCUGUCUCCGGUGCUCAGGAGGGAUCUGGCAGACUCGCUCUCUGGUCAUCCUGGGCUGACGACCAAUUCCACUCGACUCCUGGUGGCCAGACUGUCAUGACUCGCUGGAACCCUUUGACCAACGAGGUUUCGAAGCGCACCAUCACCAACACUCACCACGACAUGUUUUGCCCUGGUAUCGCUUACGAUGGCACAGGCAUGAUGGUUGUCACUGGUGGUAACGAUGCCUCCGAGACCAGUCUGUACGAUGCUACCAAGGACGAGUGGAGCCGCGCGGAAGAAAUGAUUCUUCGUCGCGGUUACCAGGCUUCCACCACUCUGUCUGACGGUCGCGUCUUCGUCAUUGGUGGAUCCUGGGCUGGUGGCUCGAACGUCCCUAAGGAUGGAGAGGUCUAUGACCCAGCAACCCAGAACUGGACCAUGAUUGCUGGCGCCACUGUCAAGGACAUGCUGACUCAAGAUAUGGAAGGCCCCUGGCGUCAGGACAACCAUGGCUGGCUGUUUGGAUGGAAGGAUCUGAGCAUCUUCCAAGCCGGACCUAGCAAGCAGAUGAACUGGUACUCCGCUCACGGCAACGGCAGUGUCAAGGCUGCGGGCAACCGUCUCGACGAUGAGGACUCCAUGUCCGGUAACGCUGUCAUGUUCGACGCUGUCAAGGGUAAGAUCCUCACCAUUGGAGGUUCCCCCGACUACGACAAGUCCUGGGCCACCCCUGCCGCCCACAUCAUCACCCUGGGUGAGCCUGGUGAGAAGCCCAAGGUCCAGCUCGCUGGCAAGGGAGAGAUGCACUUCGAGCGUGUGUUCCACACCUCGGUUGUUCUCCCCGACGGAACUGUUUUCAUCGCCGGUGGUCAAGCCUAUGGUGUCGCCUUCAACGAGGAGAACGUCCGAUUCGUCCCCGAGAUCUACGACCCCAAGACCGACACUUUCCACAAGAUGCAGCAGAACAACAUGGUCCGAGUGUAUCACACCGUGUCCAUCCUGCUGCCCGAUGCCCGUGUCCUGAACGCCGGUGGUGGUCUCUGCGGUAACUGCACCGCCAACCACUACGACGGUCAACUCUUCACCCCUCCCUACCUCCUGACUGCAUCCGGACAGCCCAAGCCCCGUCCCGAGAUCCUCGGCGGCCUCAAGAACAGAGUCACUGUCGGUGACACCCUCCGAUUCAAGACUUCGACCUACAUCCAAUCUGCCUCCCUGAUCCGUCUGGGUACCGCUACUCACACCGUCAACACCGAUCAGCGCCGCAUUCCCCUCGACGUGUGGCCCACCUCCUUCUUCCGCAACAACUGGAAGGUGUCCCUGCCCAGCGACUCUGGUAUUCUGAUUCCCGGAUACUGGAUGCUCUUCGUCAUGGACCGCGACGGUACUCCCAGCAUUGCGAAGAUUAUGAUGAUCGGCGUCGACGGCCAGAAGACCAUCCAAUCCCCUGACCUUAUGGAGAUGGAGGAUGCGGAGAACUGUGAGCAUGAACCCAAGUCUUUUUGGCAAUCUUGGAGACCGAAGCUAAUUAUGCAGACAUCGGGUCGUCUCUGA